AUGUCUCGUCCUCGUCGUGAUACGCUCUCCGUCGAUGUGCCGCCCAUCCCACUCGUCCCGACGGCUUCCCCGCCCCUGCCUCCGAGCGCCGCCUCGCCGAUUUCGCCUUCCUCGCCUUCCCUCUCCCCGCUCAACCCUCCCUCGCCCAUCAUCACAGCCACGCCAGCUUCCGAUGCGAACUGCGCCCCUUCUCCUCGCGGGCACUCGCGCACCGACUCGCUCGCCGCCAGUCUUGCGUCGCACGCGGCGAGCCACUCCCGCUCAACGUCGAUGAGCUCGCUGCACUCCCGUUCCUCGCGCCCCGGCUCGAUCUCGCUGCCGCCGACACCGACGCUGAUCCCCGACGCGGCUGCUAGGGAGUUCGCGACGAACUCGCUCGCUCUGAUCCUGCCGCACCCUUCCCUCUUCCUCCCCGAGGCCCUCGCCCUGCUCCGCAGGCACUUUGAGCGCUUCGGCGGUCUGACGCACUUUGCGCCGAUCAGGGCCAUGGGCCGCGUGAUUCUCGUGUUCGACUCGGUCGACGCGGCCCGCAAGGUGAAGGACGCGGACGACUUCCUCAAGCUCGACGUCGACGCUACGCCGAACCCUGUCGAGGGUACUACGGACAGCGGAGGAUACUUUGACCGCACCAAGAAGGGGGAAAGGGGAGCUGACCACAGGCUGACUCUCCGCCUGUACGCCUUGCCGCCGCAGAAACCCUCAGAGCCAGCGCACCUCCAAGUGCCGGAGCACGAGCGCAACUUCCUCAUCAGCCCCCCUGGUUCUCCUCCGGAAGGCUGGGAGCCCAUCACCGAGGAAGGACCCAAUGCGACCCCGCUGGCUGACGAUCUGCGCCGCGCUCUCGAGGCCCUGCAGUUUGCCGGCUCGGGACCUAAUGUGAUUCUGGAUGAGGGAGGCGUCACGGUCAGUGUCGAGGACACUGACGCGGUCGAGAAGCCCCGCUGGGAUGCGGAGAGGGAGUGGGGAGACGAGGAGCCCGAGGCGCCCCCGGGGAUCUGGGACGCUCCUGGCCAGACGCCCGCGGGUAAGGUGCGUAUCGUCCCCACUGCGAUGCCGCCGAGGGAGUAG